CCACCGUCAUACCGCUCUGACUGUGGGGAAGCUUUCCUGAUGUCCAGCCUGAUUCUGGGAUGCUGCAUAUGGUGUUCUGCAGAUUAUUUGUCUUUCCUUGCUACUAGCUCAGCUCCUUGUAAAGCACUUGCAAAACAGGGCGUGUUCUUGAAUGGAGACCAUUUGCAGUCUGGCGCCGGAGCUUUACCUGUGUGUUUUGCUUGCCCCCUCCCCGCAGACCCCUCCGCACAAGUGGGGUUUCCUGAGACUUGGACUGAGGGGAAGAUGUUUCCCAGGUGUGGAAAUCCACAAGCUUUGGAGAAGGCGUUCCCAAGGGGUUUGCACCACUGGGCUCCUGUGCACAGACCCCCCCCCCAUGCACACCCGUUCCACCCACCCCCCGAUCCUGUUGGUUCCGGGCUUGCAGGCCAGGUUGCAAGGGCGACAGGCUCGAGCGGCGUUUCUCCUGCAGGUUCUGCAGACUCACUGGGACCAGAGCUGCCCUGGAAUCUGUGCUGGAAAGAUAAGAGACAAGGGAGGGGACUUUCUAAGUGAUCAGAAGAUGAUCACAGGGCGUGGAGGGAGAUAAGGCUGUAAUAACCUCCAGAUGAUUUCAGUCCAGUCAGCCUUGCCCUGCCUCUUUGCCCUCCCACAGACAGAGAUGGUCGCAGUUGUGGCAACCUGUAAAUGCCGGUGAUCUAGAGGCCAGGUGUUUCGACCUGCAGAAAUCCGAGGCCAUGAUCCGGAAGCAUGUCCAGUUCCGGAAACUCAUGGAUGCCGAGCAUGUUCAGGAAUGGCAGGCUCCGGAGGUUAUCCAAAAGUACAUGGCUGGGGGAACCUGUGGUUUUGACCUGGAUGGCUCCCCCAUCUGGUAUGAAAUGAUAGGACAUCUGGAUGCCAAAGGACUCCUCUUCUCAGCUACGAAGCAAGAUUUUAUUAAAAGAAAGUUCCAGGACUGUGAGAGAACACGAGGAACGUGCAGCGAACAGACUCAGAAACUUGGAAGGAAGAUCGAAACGGUCACCAUAAUCUGUGAUGCAGAAGGGCUUGGCCUGAAGCAUCUCUGGAAGCCAGGCAUAGACAUGUAUGGAGAGCUUAUUUCCCUGCUUGAAGACAACUACCCCGAGUCCCUCAAACGCAUCUUUAUUAUUAAAGCUCCCAGGCUCUUCCCCGUGGCUUUCAAUCUGGUGAAACAUCUGCUGAGUGAGGACACUCGCAAGAAGAUGGUGGUUCUGGGAGCUAACUGGAAGGAGAUUUUACACAAUCAUAUUGACCCCAGCGAGAUUCCUGUGCAUUAUGGGGGGACUCGCACUGAUCCAGAUGGGGACCCCAAGUGUCAGAGCAUGCUCUGUUACGGAGGGGACGUCCCCAGGAAGUACUUCGUGUGUGACCAGGUGAAGCAGCAGUACGAGCAUUCGGUGGCCGUGAACCGAGGGUCCUCCCAGCAGUUGGAAUAUGAGAUUCUCUCUCCGGGCUGCGUCCUCAGGUGGCAGUUCGUGUCGGAAGGUGCUGACAUAGGUUUUGGCAUCUACUUGAAGACCAAGGCUGGGCUGCGUCAGCAUGCCGGUGAGAUGACAGAAGUGUGUCCCACCCGGCGCUGCAAUGCACACCUGGUACCUGAAGACGGCUCUCUGACCUGCACAGACGCUGGGACCUAUGUGCUGAGGUUUGACAACACGUACAGCUACAUCCAUUCCAAGAAAGUCAAUUACACUGUGGAGAUUCUGCUCCCAGACAAGAAAUCCGAAGAGCAAAUCCAGCACUCAGAUGAUCGGACAAAGGAGCUCAAAAUUAACCAUGCCUGAUGGGGGCUUGCCGCUUGCAAACAGAAGCCCGUUGCUCCGCAAGCCACGGGAGGGGCACUUGCUCAGGCAGGAGAGCAGAAAAAAUUCUUCAAGGAGACACAACGUGGGGCCUGGGGAGUUCAGUGGCAGUGGGACUAACAGCGCAAGGUCUUGGCUUUGAGGCAGUUGAUGGCUCCGUCCUGAGAACACAUUCCUCGUGUGUGUACCCCACACACACAGCACCGUGUGGGGUGCUAUGACAAAGUUUAGAGUAGUGGAGAGUGGAAAUCUUUAUGGCCAGUGCUUCGGAUCGGCUGCCUUUGCUUCAGCAUGUGCCACUUGGACUGUGGGCCUGUUGGCAUUUGCCUUCCUUUGGAUUUGCACGAUGCUUUAUCAGUGCAGUGAGUGGGAAGGGAUGAACAUAAGCAAGACUCUCCAACCUAAUGCCCUCCAGAUGCCUGGCACCACAAUUCCCAUAAUCCCCAGCAAACAUAGCUGGCUGGAGGAUUACAAGUUGCUAGGCAAGUAAAAGAUUUGGGACCAGAGCUGAAUGAAGCAGCCUAACUCUGUGCAAGUAAUUUAUAUCUGUGCAUGUACAUUAGAAAUAAUUUUAAAGAUUUAUCUAAGUUUAAUAGAAGGCAAAACCAGUCAAUUUCUUAUCCAAACCACUUCAGAGGAAAUAAAUUCUCCACCCUAGCCCUUCCUAAAUCAGUACUUCCACUGUAAUGACAAUGAAUUUGCAGUGGGGUGAAAACAGAAACAGAGCGAGUCAGAAGGGGCCUCCCGGGCCGUCUAGUCUGACCCCCAGCUCCAGCCGGCUCUGCUCACGACAUGCCCACCAUGUGCAUGUCCAGCCUAUCCUUAAACACCCUCACUGGUGGGGCUUCAACCACUUCCCGGGGAAGCCCGUUCCAUACCCCAGGGGCCCUAAAAAACUUUUAUGAGAAUAUUCCCACAUUGUCAUUAUUGUUAUGAUUACAUGAGCUGAAAAUGCAGUGCUUCCACCAAAAUGGAGUUUCAGAAACUUUUGAGUGUGAAUCCAAAAGUACUCUUGAGGGGGCUUGCAGCAAGGGAGGAGGGCUCACCCUUUCCUCUUCGGUGGCAACCCCCCCCCAAGCCCCCCAACUAACACCCAUGUGCACCGCAGUUAAGCUGAAACAGAAAUGGCCGUUAGCAUUUGGAGACACGGAGGGGCAGGGUGUCUCCAAGCAGCAGCCCUGGUAGGAAUUCUAGGCCAACACAUGCAGAGGGUAUUAGGCUGGGGAAGGAGGGGUUUAAGCUGUUUUGCUGGGUCAGACGCAGGAUCGUCCAGUCCAGCACGUCCAUUCCCAUCCUUGGUCAACAAGAGUGAAGGCAACAGGCCUGCCCCAGUGUUUAUCCAGAGUUCCUGUUAGGCAGAAGUAUAAAUUGCCUCUGACCACGCAGGCGCCACUCAUCAGUCACAGAGUCACUACAAAGCCUCUCCCCCGAGUUCUUCUAGCCCCCUUCCCUGUUGCUUACAGCCACAGAGGUUUACGGCCCCUCACCAGCUCUUGCAGCAGCAAAUGUCAUCUGUUUGCCAAGCACUCUGCAACACCGCUCUUUGCAGCCCUGGCCUGCAGAACCGACGGCCCACCACUCAAGCCAGCCCACCUGUUCUAUGUGGGAGCCAGCCAGGUGCUGCCGGACAGUCUCCCUCUGGCUGGCGGGUGCUCACUGCAACUCCCAGAAGGUGACCUCAGUUGCACUCGCAACAAGCAGACCCAAGUUGUGCUGGGUCAGUGCCUCACCUGCACAUCAGGCUGGCUUUCUCCACCCCACAGCUUGCUGCUAAUAGAGUGCCUUAUAGGCUGAGCCCCCCUGCCUCGUUUAUCUGCCAACGCAGGUGCCACCACUGCUGCCCCUGCAGUUUGGUCCUGGAAGUAUGAACAUCCCACGCAAGCCUUCAGAGCAGUUCGUGUAGCAGAUUCUUUGCUUCUGCUUGCUUCAUUUGAUCUUGCUCAGCAAAGUGUUUCAGCAGUACCUGCACUCGGUUCAAGGGACGGAGAACUACGAGGGAGACUCCAUACCCAACUGGGCCCAUUCCUACCUCUUGGUUGAUACUGGAAAUGAAUGGUCCCCAACCGGUUUCCUGAUGGAGGCAUUUAUCCCUUGGCUCACAGUGACAUCUCAGCCAGGCUGGACUCUCCAGAAAAGACACGCCACUUUGGAUCCCUGUUAAUCCUUGAUUUUUUUCAGCGAUCUUGACUAUGAGAAAUUUUAAUAAAGGUCUGAGCGCUUUUGAGACUGA